GUAUCCCACCUGAAUAUAUCAAUUUGAAGUUGCAUCCUCAAACUUAAAUAUAGACCACAUACAGGUACUAAGCAUUACGGUAAAACAUACAAAAAAUGACUCCUCAGGGGGAAAUAUUCAACGGGGUAAAAAUUGCUUAUUACGCCGGCUGCAAUUGACUGUUAUACGAUUUCAACUGAUAUUUCAGGACUCGUUUAAUGCGGAUUAUCUGGUAUGGGGAAAACCAGUCUGGCCAGCCAGAUUUGUUACAGGCUGAUGCACAACAACAAAUGCAACUGGCACAUCACAGUUUGUCGCCAAAAAGAAAAAGACAAUUUAGGACAAUUUAUGAACGACCUUUUGGAUGGUUUAAGCAAAGAUCUGUUUUUUGAGUCAGAGAUACACUUUGAAGAACUUACCGAUCAAAAUAAAAGAGACAUGCUGAUUGACAUGAUUGUGGAAAUUAGCCGAAAAACCUCGAAACACUUGAUUCUGCUUGACGACAUGGAUAAUCAAUUCCACAGGAAUCCGUCGGAUUUGCGUAAACUUUUAUCGUCGAUCUUCCACGAGAUAUCUAACUCCCAAAACGUUAAGUUUCUGAUAACCGUAGGCACCACGAUUUGUCCUGAGGAAGAAUUGUUGAAAUUUGGCGGCAAAGCACUGUUGAAAAACACCAUGCUUGAGUUUGAAAUACACGGUCUGGAUCAUGCUGACGCAAGAAAACUUCUUUCCGCCACAUCACAUAAGGAACUUGAUGGUUCGUUUUGCGAGAAAAUCUCGAAGGAAUUCAAUGGUAAUCCGAAGGCAUUAAAGGUCGCGGGGAUUGCUCUGAGGGAUUUUCCGGAUUGUUCAAUGAACGCCUACCCGUCGAUACGAACACUCACCCUGAACUCCUUCUCUGGCCUCUUGCAAAAUUGUUUUGACAAGCUUCAACCUGUGGAAAUUCAAUAUUCCUUACUCAGGUUGUCGGUUUUCCGGACAAACUGGUUCGAUGUUCAUGUAGCCGUGCAUGUAUUAGAGGGCAUUGCUAGUCCACUGCAUGUUCAAUUCGACACAAAACAAAAGACAAAAAAGUUUGAAGCUGAAUGUGCUAAACAAAAAUUGACAUGUCUUGAAAAUAGACAUUUCAUAGAAGCUGACAAACUGCAAUCAUUCACACGAAAGGGGAAUGCUAAAGAAAACCAGUUGUACUCGCUUCAUUCAAUUGUCCUCAGAUUUCUACAUGACACGUGCGAGAAGACAAAAGCUAUGCAAGAUGAACUUGAAAUUGCGAAAGAAAAAUUCUUAUGGUAUUUUUGUAAGAAAUUUGAACAUUACGGAAAGGAAAAUUACUCAUCACCAGUGGCUGCAAGGAUUGCACUUGAAAUGAACAAACCUCACGUAGAAUUGUUUUUUAAACUGUUAGGGGAAAGGGGCACACGCUUGGAAGACUUCUUGUCCAAAACAAAGAAAACAAAGGCAUCAACAUCUUCAAGAUGCGAAUAUGUCAUGAGCACAGCAGAGUUUGCAUGUGUUCCCCAUAAAAGAAUGUAUUUUGCGGAAAAUCAAUCACAAAUUGUAAAAAACAAGAAACAACUGUUCGAAUACAUUUACUGGAAGUCAAAAGAAGCUGAAUGCUUGUUAGCUUGUGACAGAACGGAGUUGGCGUUUGAAAAAAUGUCCGGUGUAUUUAAUGACUUUCGAAUUAAAGUAGACAUUGCAACGCCAGGUAAGGUAUUCCCUUCGUAUACAACAGAAGGUUGGCAAACACAUCUUACAGACGAAUUAUUCUCUCUUACAAGACUGUAUAAGGUCUUCGGACAGGCGCUAUUUCAUAUAGGCCGAAAAGAAAAGAAUAAGCCAAGGUUUAUCAUAGCUCUGAAGAAUCUUGAAAUUGCUCAGGCAAUAUGUGACAACAUUCAACAUCUGGACAUAAUAAAAAAGCUUGACAGAGCUACAAUUCAAAAUUUAAUCGGCUGCGUACAUUUUGAACUAGGGGAUGUAAAUAAAGCUCUUACCUUUCAUGAAAAAGCAUUAGAAAUUGUAGCACAAGAUUUACAGUUUACAAAAGAUAGAUGUCAUACUGCCAUUGUGGAGUACCAAUCUAAUAUCGCAGCUUGUGAACAUCAACUUGGGUUGAACACGAAAAAUGAAAAGGACCGAAGAACACAUUUUGGAAAAGCUAUGGAGAUGUACAACAAAUGCAUUGAUAACAACAAACGUAUGGGCCGUGAUAAUUUACCACCACAAGUCGUUUUGCUUCGAAACAGAGCUGAAAUCAACUAUCUUGAGAAGGAGUACGAAAAGGCAAUAGCUGACGGUGAAAAGGUGAGGAGACGUUGCCUUAGCCGUUACGUGUCUCCCCAUACUGAGUUGACAAUGGCAUAUGAACGUCUGGCAAACUACAAAUUCAAACUUGGAAAACGGCUUAUAGAAGAUGAAGGCGAACAAGAAAAGGGCAAGGAAUAUCUUCACGGGUCCCUUGCAAUGUACAACGCAGCGCUUAGUGAGAUUUGCAUAGGAGGAAUUCCAUCGAUAGAGCAAUCAGAUGAUGAAAGCAUUUUUCGUGAAUUGGCUGAGCUUAUCAAACAUGGAUUACCACCGGUACGUUCAGGCCUAGACCAAGAGUACAAGGAAGCCAUGAAUGCAAUGCAAGCGGGUGAUGCAUCGCGAAUAGACGAUCACAACGAGCCUGUCUUUCGCGACGUUGCACAGUGGUUGAGAGAUCGACGUUUAGAUCAGCCAACAAUUAGAACCUACAGGCAUACGAAAGGAAACCACAUUAAAGUAAUGCAGAAGUUGCGUCAGAAAGAGACCGAAAUCAGAAAAACGAAACAAAAGUAUGCGAAGUUUGAACUUGGUAAAUUCAACAAGUUGAUGACUGAAAACCGGCGGUAUGUACCGGAUUAUGAUGCGCAAGAAAAGGUACGGCAAGCACUUCUGGCCGGGGCCUCAUUUAUACCAGACGCUGAUCAAGACCUAGACAAUUCAACCAGUGAAUCUGAGGAUGAUUCAGAAUCAGACUCCAAUGACACUUCAAGGACUAUCUCAACAUCAGACGAAGGUGACGAGGUUGACAUUCAAUCGGAAAUGACAUUCUCACAACAAAGAACGGACAGUGGAAUGGAAGAAGACAUGUUCGUUGAUGAUAACAUAAAUGAAACACAGUCAGAGCAACUGGAAGAAAGUAUGAUUCAUGAUAACGAAAAUGACCCGGAACGAAAAAAGCCCCGAAACGCGAUUGGUGAGUCCGAGAUCCUCAAAUUAGACACACCUUGUUCGUCAACGUAUGAAGAAACAAAGGUACUAGUGAGACAAUUUGGUAUUGAUGAACACGUCCGAGGUACAUUUCAUACAGGUAUAGAUGAAAAUGAGGAUGACAAUGUAGUGACAACGAGACAUAACUCGCAAUCAAAGCAAAGCAGAUCGUCGCAAACGUCAGAUACGUCUUCUGGGUGUUUUUCACUUAAGAGAAAGGGUUCUUCAACUGAGAGCCGUCGUCAAUCCCGGAUAACUGGUUCAAGUUGUGGGUCUCAAGCUAGUAGCUUCGAUGAUCCGGAUGUUGAUGAGAAGGAACAUAAUAGUUUAUUGUUACAUUCGCAAAGAAAAAUGGCGUGUAUUUCGGAAGGGCCGCAAGAAAGAUUAGCUUUUCAUGUUUGUGACGUGGAGGUGACAAACAUAGGAGAUGGAGUUAACGAACCUCAGCCAAAGGUUUCUAAGACGGAAAAUGGCAAAGAUGUGGGAAACACAAAGCAUGCGGAAGGGUGAUUUCUCCGUUUCAACGUCAGUGGUCACGUGACUUUCGACGUGUAAUUUGUAGAAUUGAAUACAACAAUGGCUGUAUAAAUAUGUAGAAUGUGGAUUGAAUUCGGUUAAA